CGUCAACACUCCUUUCGUUAAUUGCCUUUCUAGCAGUCUCUUUUCGAACGACACCAUUCAUUUAACGAAUUCUGUUUCCACGAUGAUCAUGCGACUAUGCCUGCAGCGCGUUUCCGUGCUUCUCCUUCUUCCAGCGACCUUGCUGCCCGGAGCACUCGCCCACGGCGGCCAUGAACAAAUCCCAAUCGCAGACGACGCAGACUGGGCAACGAGACACAUGGCUGAGGAGCACCACAUCUCCUCCUUCGACGCCGGCGUCUUCUUCACCCUCCACGACUACGACUCCACGGGCAACUGGUCUCCCGACGACGUCCGCCGCACCUACGGCCUCAUGGACGAAUCCACCGCCUCCAUCUCCGAAGAUCGCAAAGCCUUCGUCGUGAAAACCGUCAUGGACCUCUACGACACGGACAAAUCCGGCGGCAUCUCCUUCGCGGAAUUCACAAUCGCCUACGCCAAGGGCACAGUUCUGCCGGAUUUCGGAAUGGGCCCGGGCCAUCAUGGAGAUGAUGAGUACGAGUAUGAGAUUCACCAUUUCGAGAAGUAUCAUGGGGAUGAUGCGAAGGAGGAGGACCUGAUACAUCCCGAGGAUAUUGCGCAUUUUGCGAAACAUGAUCGGGAGGAGGAUGAGAGGGAUGAGUGGGAGGCGAAGGAGAAGGCUGGGAUUGUGGAGGCGAACAUUCCGGCGAAGUUUAGGAGGGCAUGAAUAUGAGAAUGGCGAUUCAUUUGGCAUGCGGGAGUCGUCAAGCGUGUAAGCUGGUGUUUGGUGAGCGAUUUAGUGAUGAACAGUUCAGCGAGCGGGCUAUUCGUUGGUCUGGCAUGAGGCAGAGUCUCUAGGAGAGCUCUGAUACCAUCUUGAUUGAUGGGAUGUAUUAUAUUCUGGUUGGUG